UGCGAAAGAUGCCAAUGCUACAUGAAGCACCCAAAUCCCAAUAUCCUAUCUUGCUCCUUCUGUUGGCCGCUCUUUGGCUAACGUUUAACCAAUGCUCAUCCAUUUCUAAUUCCAUUGAAUUUUUAGGUAUCCUCUCUUUUCCUUUGCCCAACUCCUCCACUUUCCAGACCUCUGCCAUUUUUAUAGGGCCAACAUUUGGACCCCAACUCCCCAUCUCCCCAUUGCAUGAGUCCUUAACUAGUUUGGGAAACUGGAAAAUUUGCAUUAGAAUUUGGUAAUUUUAGCUGACCCCCAUAACUACUUUCCAUCUUCAUUGUAGCCUUUUGUGUCAAAGUCUCUUCCUCCUUUUGCUUCUACAUAAAAGAAAACCCAAUCUUUCAAAUACCCAAAGAAAAAAAAAAUGACUACAAUGAAUCUGGGUUCUUGGGUUCAAUCUUACUCCAUUUUCAACCAAGCUUCCAGAUCGAAAUCCUUUCCUUUACCCAGAUCCUUCCCCUUCAAUCCCCUCAAAAAUUUGUCAUCUUCAACCCCCAAAAAGCGCAGCUUGACAUCUCUUCCUUCAAUUUCCGCAGUCCUUACCAAAGAAGACACUAUUAAGGAAGAAGAACAAGACCCUCAAAAACCAAGCUUUGAUUUCAAAUCCUACAUGGUUCAAAAAGCCAGUACAGUUAACCAAGCUCUGGACUCAGCUGUUUCACUCCGUGACCCUGUUAAAAUCCACGAAGCAAUGCGUUACUCUCUUUUAGCAGGUGGCAAAAGGGUCCGCCCUGCGCUUUGUUUAGCUGCCUGUGAACUUGUUGGUGGCCAAGAAUCCAUGGCUAUGCCAGCAGCUUGUGCUGUCGAAAUGAUCCACACCAUGUCUUUAAUCCACGAUGAUCUUCCUUGCAUGGAUAACGAUGAUCUUCGUAGAGGAAAACCGACUAACCACAAAGUUUUUGGUGAGGAUAUAGCUGUCUUAGCAGGGGAUGCUCUUUUAGCUUUUGCUUUUGAACAUAUAGCUGUUUCUACAGUUGGUGUUACGCCUGGUAGGGUUGUAAAGGCAGUUGGGGAAUUAGCCAAAGCUAUUGGAACUGAAGGGUUAGUGGCUGGUCAAGUUGUGGAUAUAAAUAGUGAGGGACUAAUAGAUGUGGGAUUGGAUCAUCUAGAAUUUAUUCACGUUCACAAAACCGCUGUUUUGCUUGAAGCGGCAGUGGUUUUGGGGGCAAUUCUUGGAGGUGGAUGUGAUGAAGAUGUGGAAAAGUUGAGGAAGUUUGCCCGGUAUAUUGGGCUUUUGUUUCAGGUUGUGGAUGAUAUUCUCGAUGUGACAAAGUCAUCCAAGGAUUUAGGGAAGACUGCAGGGAAAGAUUUGGUGGCUGAUAAAGUGACUUAUCCAAAGCUGAUGGGGAUAGAGAAGUCAAGGGAGUUUGCAGAGAAGUUGAAGAGUGAUGCGCUUGAGUUGCUCCAAGGAUUUGAUCCUGAGAAAGCUGCUCCUUUGGUUGCUUUGGCUAAUUAUAUAGCUUACAGGCAAAACUAACUUUUGUUUUCUUGUUGUAUAAUUUGUAUUAUCUUUUGAUGAUUUCGGUGAGGCGGAAUUGUCUAAAACAUUUUUUUAGACAAAAGGCCUUGGCUUGCUGCUUCUUGUUGUGUUUGAUCCAAAAAGGCAUAGAGAAAGAAGCAGGUGAGUAGUAUUAAUGUUAGACUAUUCUUCUACAAGGAUGAUAAAGAUAGAAUUUUAUUUCUCUCUGUGCUGAAAUUUCACUUGUUAAAAUGGUGUAAUAGGGUGAUAGUGAUGAUAAAUUCCCAAGUUGGAGUUUAAUUGUUAAUUUCUUCCUUAUUUGUUGAUCUUAUGAGCUUAAUUGUUUGAACCUGGAAUUUUUUA